AUGGAUUUCAGGACUACCUGUGAGGAGACAAAGACAGGGGUUUGUUUGCUGCAGGACGGUAAUCAGGAGCCUUUCAACGUGCGGCUGCACCUGGCCAAAGACAUUCUGAUGAUCCAGGAGCAGGAUGUGAUAUGUGUGUCCGGUGAGCCUUUCUAUUCUGGCGAAAGAACGGUGACCAUCAGAAGACAAACUGUAGGAGGAUUUGGAUUAAGCAUAAAGGGGGGAGCGGAACAUAACAUUCCAGUUGUCAUUUCAAAAAUCUCCAAGGAGCAAAGAGCUGAGCUCUCAGGACUGCUGUUUAUUGGGGACGCGAUUCUGCAGAUAAAUGGGAUUAAUGUGAGAAAAUGCAGACAUGAAGAAGUGGUUCAGGUUCUUCGGAAUGCCGGAGAAGAAGUGACCCUGACGGUCUCAUUUUUUAAAAGAGCACCUGCUUUCCUCAAACUCCCACUGAACGAAGAUUGUGCAUGUGCACCGAGUGACCAGAGCAGCGGCACCUCCUCUCCCCUCUGCGACAGUGGCUUGCACCUCAACUAUCAUCCCAACAACACAGACGCGCUGUCCCGCUCUUCGUGGCCCGCGGCCCCGGGCCUGAGGUGGGACAAGCGAUGGCGCGACCUCAGGCUCGUCCCCCUGCUGCAUUCGCGGCUCUCGCAGUGCGUGCCCGGGACGGACCGCAGCCGGCAGAACGCGUUUCAAGUCAUCGCCGUGGACGGGGUUUGCAGCGGGACCAUCCAGUGCCUCUCUGCCGAGGACUGCGGCCAGUGGCUGCGCGCCGUAGCGACCAACAUCUCCAGCCUCACGAAGCACAACAUUAGAAAGAUCAACAGAAACUUUCCUGUAAACCAGCAGAUUGUCUACAUGGGCUGGUGCGAAACACGGGAACAAGACCCCCUUCAGGACCGCAUGUACUCGCCGACGUUCCUGGCCCUGAGGGGCUCGUGUCUUUAUAAGUUUCUGGCACCUCCAGUGACCACGUGGGACUGGGCCCGAGCAGAGAAAACGUUUUCCGUUUAUGAGAUCAUGUGCAAGGUUCUCAAGGACAGUGACCUGCUGGACCGGCGGAAACACUGCUUCACCGUGCAGUCCGAGUCUGGGGAGGACCUCUACUUCUCCGUGGAGUUAGACUCUGACCUCGCCCAGUGGGAGAGAGCCUUCCAAACAGCAACCUUUCUGGAGGUGGAACGGAUACAGUGCAAGACGUACGCGUGUGUGCUGGAAAGUCACCUGAUGGGGCUCACGAUCGACUUCAGCAUGGGCUUCAUCUGCUUUGACGCCGCGACCAAGGCAGUACUUUGGAGGUAUAAGUUUUCUCAGCUUAAAGGUUCUUCAGAUGACGGCAAGAGCAAAAUCAAGUUUUUGUUUCAGAAUCCAGAUACUAAACAGAUUGAAGCAAAGGAGCUGGAGUUUCCGAAUCUGUUUGCUGUUCUCCACUGCAUCCACUCGUUCUUUGCCGCCAAGGUGGCUUGUCUGGACCCUCUCUGUCUAGGCAAUCAGGCUGCUGCUUCCGUUGCCCCCAGCUCCAGCAUGAUGAGCAGAGCCAAGUACAUGACUUGACAGCCUGAGCUUGGCACCCCUCUUACCUUGACUUAUAAACAGAGCAAUCGUACUCGUCGCUCUAGACACUGGAGAAGCAAUCACAUCAUCAAGUCAACAGUGAAGCCAAGGUGAA